AUGCUCCUGUGCUGCUAUUUUUGUUUGAUUGUUUAUAAAUUCCUUGAUUUAGAGCCAGAUGAUGAACUAGAGAAAAAUCCAAAUCAAAGCGAUUUAAUAGAGCUGGCAGCUGAAAUGUUGUAUGGACGAAUACAUGCUCGCUACAUCAUGACAAACAGAGGCAUUGCUCAAAUGAUAGAAAAAUGGCAACAGGGAGACUUUGGAUACUGUCCUCGUGUAUACUGUGAGAAUCAACCCAUGCUACCGAUUGGUUUGUCUGAUGUCAUGGUCAAACUGUAUUUUCCUAAAUGUCAAGACGCGUACACACCCAAAUCUUCCAGGCACCACCAUACAGAUGGUGCAUAUUUUGGCACUGGCUUUCCUCAUAUGUUGUUUAUGGUACAUCCUGAGUAUAGGCCUAAAAGGCCUGCAAAUCAAUUUGUUCCGAGGCUUUAUGGAUUCAAGAUACAUUCUCUUGCUUAUCAACUUCAGUACCAAGCUGCGACUAACUUUAAAAUGCCCUUGAGAGGCACAGGACACCCCAACAGCAAACGAUGAAACACUCACUCUUUUAGAACUGUUAUUUUUUUUCUUAAUCAAACAUAGGUUUUCAUGAUGUCUUUAAGGUGACGACAUAUUUGGUUUAAUUUUUGUAAAAUUGUAAGUCCUUGAAUUUACUAGAUGCUUAAAUUAUAUGAGGU